CUCGGCUUCCAGCCGGAAGAGGCGGUGCGGCUCCCUGCGCGCUCCCGCCUUCUGCUGCAGCUAACGUUGGCGGGAACCUGACAGGUUGGCGGGAACUGAACGGGAUGGCGAUGGCUUCGCGUCGGGGGGCGCUCAUCGUGCUGGAGGGCGUGGACCGUGCUGGCAAGACCACGCAGGGCCACCGGCUGGUGACCGCGCUGUGCGCCUCGGGCCACCGAGCCGAGCUGCUGCGUUUCCCCGAAAGAUCAACAGAAAUCGGCAAGCUCCUGAAUUCCUACUUAGAAAAGAAAACAGAACUGGAAGAUCACUCAGUGCACCUGCUUUUUUCUGCGAACCGCUGGGAACAAGUGCCAUUAAUUAAGGCGAAGUUGAACCAGGGUGUGACCCUUGUUUUGGAUAGAUACGCCUUUUCUGGGGUCGCCUUCACUGGCGCCAAGGAGAAUUUUUCCCUGGAUUGGUGCAAACAACCAGACGUGGGCCUUCCCAAGCCCGACCUGAUCCUGUUCCUUCAGUUACAAUUGCUGGACGCAGCGGCACGGGGAGAGUUUGGGCUGGAGCGCUAUGAGACUGGGACUUUCCAGGAGCAGGUUCUGCUGUGUUUCCAGCAGCUCAUGAAGGACGAAAACCUGAACUGGAAGUCUUUUUCAUAGGAAUGACUCUUCAGUGUACGGUCUAUAAUUGGAUUAUACUUACUGUCAGAAGUGGAGUUUGCCAAUUUCAUGGUGAGAUGUCUCUUUUCCUUUUAGCUCAUGCAGUGGUUUCUUUCCUGGCCUUCCUGUUGGCCCUAGGUCAUUAUAGGCACCUUCUCCUCUAUAGCUACAACCUGGGCCUUUAUCCUGCCCAUUUCAUUGAAGCCUGUGUAGGCCUGUGCAUGGCCAUUUCCCGGAGCACAGAAAUGUCCAUACCAGGCUUCCCUCUGGUCCUGUUUCCUCCACUCUGUAAACUUGUUUCAACAUGGUCUCAGGAAUUGGCUUCAGCUUCCAUCUUGUUCCUCACACGGAAGCCAACGUGAGCCCCUUCUCUGCUGCUUGCUCCUACUCUGACCCUAACUGCACUGUCUUUCCACACAUCUACUGGGCCUGGUGGGCCUGGUAGUGCCUGCACAGGCCAUCUUUUUAACUGUUGCCUACGGUUCCCAGACUUGCAGCUGGCACUAGAGUAGUGUAACAUCACAGGCCAGUUUGGUCUACGAAGGCGCUAUUUCCCCGGCGUUACUUGCCCUUUGUUUAUAUUACAUGUCCUCAGGAUUGCAAAGUUUAUCCUAAGUUUCUGCAUCGUCUUGCCAUAUUAGAGCAGAUGCUAAUACCCUUCUCUUUCCUGGGCAUCAGCCUAGAGAGGCACCCUGGAUAGUCUGGGCCAGGGUUGUGUGGCUGUAGUGGGGCUGUCACGCUUCCUUCUAGGAGGCGACCCCUGUGGAGUUUUUCUGCACAUAGCCAUACUUUGAGAAAUACCUGGACUCCUUCCAUAACCCUUCUGCACUCCUGGAAGCUUUUUAAAUGUUUGCUGCCAGAGGUCUUAGCCAGACUUACAGAAACAAGGGUCCUGGCCAGACCCCCUCCAGAUGAUGGGACUUGGAGAUGGUGACACUUAUUCAGACCCUCUCCUGGUUCACACCUGGAUCUACCUGUCCUGAAGGAACAGAGCAGCUGUUAGGACAGUAUUCAUCUCCAAAGAGGACAGGAAGCAAACCAGGUUGUUUUUUGUUUGUUUGUUUGUUUUUUUGAGACAGGGUCUCUACAUAGCCCUGGCUAUCCUGGAAGGAACUAUGUAGUCCAGGCUGUCCUUGAAUUCAGAGAGAUCUGUCUGCCUCUGCCUCCUGAGUUCUGGAACUAAAAAGGGUGGGUCACCAUGCCUGGCAUGGAGCCUGUUCUUAUCAACUGGACGAUAGUUGCUCAGCCUGCUUAGGAGCAAGAUGAGCAGCUAGUGCAUGCUGCUUCCCCUGUGUCUGGGAUGCGGUAGGUAUGCAAGCUACGGUGCGCCAAGAACAUCAGGUGGGUGAAGGGUCCCUGAGAUUUAGGUUGGCUCUUGCAGGCCCUGGCUCACUGAGGUCACCACAUGCACUGGGAAUAGGGCAGAGGUGGUGUAAUGUUGCUUCCCUGCUCUCUCCUUGUGGUGACAGGUGGUUGAUGCUUCCAGAAGCAUUGAGGAUGUCCAUGAGGAAAUCCGUGUCCUCUCCGAGGACGCCAUCCGCAGCGCCGCACAGAGUCCGCUGGAGGAGCUAUGGAAAUAAAUUAAGACUUCUACUGCAGAAACUGUUCUCUGGUCCUGUAGGAGACUGGUGGAAGACUCACAGCACUGUUCAGCAGGAGCUCUUCCUGAAGAGACCUACAAGCCUCCGUCAUAACCUGAGAUGUUGGUGGUAUGGACAAGUUGUGCAGUAUCUUCUCCUGACUCCUUGAUCCUAAAGGCGCUAAUGUGUUAUGGUAUUUCCAUACUGACCUUUAGUGGUAACUUCGGGCAGUUUCACUGAGAUCAUUAGGAACAUCAAUUAGUUGAGAGUUAUAUUUUUUAGACACUAAUAAAAGCUUAUUUGAAAAUGUA